AUGGAAGGAGCCUGGGUCUUUGAUAUCAGUGAACUGCCCGAUGAGCUCUGGGUUGCUUAUGCAGAGCCAUUAAGUGUCUCAGAGCUCAGCAUCCUAGAACACUUUGAGCAAGAUGUCAGUGCUGGGGGGGCCAACCUCACCCACCUCCACUUGUCCACAAUUGGCGCCAAUAUCGAUCCCACCUUCUUCCUGAGCCGCACCGUCUCCAAUGUCAUCAGCUCCAUUGUCUUUGGGGACCGCUUUGACUAUGAGGACAAAGAGUUCCUGUCACUGUUGCGCAUGAUGCUGGGAAGCUUCCAGUUCACGGCAACCUCCACGGGGCAGCUCUAUGAGAUGUUCUCUUCGGUGAUGAAACACCUGCCAGGACCACAGCAACAGGCCUUUAAGGAGCUGCAAGGGCUGGAGGACUUCAUUGCCAAGAAGGUGGAGCACAACCAGCGCACUCUGGAUCCCAAUUCCCCACGGGACUUCAUCGACUCCUUUCUCAUCCGCAUGCAGGAGGAGGAGAAGAACCCCAACACAGAGUUCUACUUGAAGAACCUGGUGAUGACCACCCUGAACCUCUUCUUUGCGGGCACUGAGACCGUGAGCACCACCCUGCGCUACGGCUUCCUGCUGCUCAUGAAGCACCCAGAGGUGGAGGCCAAGGUCCAUGAGGAGAUUGACAGAGUGAUCGGCAAGAACCGGCAGCCCAAGUUUGAGGACCGGGCCAAGAUGCCCUACACGGAGGCAGUGAUCCACGAGAUCCAAAGAUUUGGAGACAUGCUCCCCAUGGGUUUGGCCCACAGGGUCAACAGGGACACCAAGUUUCGGGAUUUCUUCCUCCCUAAGGGCACUGAAGUGUUCCCUAUGCUUGGCUCCGUGCUGAGAGAUCCCAGGUUCUUCUCCAACCCCCAGGACUUCAAUCCCCAGCACUUCCUGGAUAAGAAGGGGCAGUUUAAGAAGAGUGAUGCUUUUGUGCCCUUUUCCAUCGGAAAGCGGUACUGUUUUGGAGAAGGCCUGGCCAGAAUGGAGCUCUUUCUCUUCUUCACCACCAUCAUGCAGAACUUUCGCUUCAAGUCCCCCCAGUCGCCUAAGGAUAUCGACGUGUCCCCCAAACACGCGGGCUUUGCCACGAUCCCACGAAACUACACCAUGAGCUUCCUGCCCCGCUGAGCGAGGGCUGUGCUGG